AUGGGUAACAACUCUUCCAAGAUCAAAGGGCCAAAGAGCGCGGCCGCAGCAUCUACAGACAACCUGAAUGGACUCAUCGAGAACAAACGGUCGACUACACCUAGCCCAAGCGUGUCCGGCUCGAAGAAGAUCUUGGUCUCCGAAGAUGAAGUCGCCAACUAUCAACGCGAUCUUGCCGCCGCGCAGAAGGAGGCCACCACUGCCACAGAGGAAGCAGAGACACUACGCCAAAACCUCGAGGAACUAGAGACGAAGCACAAAGGUCUGCAGCGAGAGAAGGAGAACGAGGUCGCCGGGCUGCAAACGGAGUUGGCACGGGAGUUGGAAGGGCAGUUGAGAAUCGCGGAGAGCUUGACCCAGGAGCGGAAUAGAGAGCGGAAGAAGGCUGUGGGGUUGGAGGAGAAGUUGAGGGAGGUGGAGAAGGGGCAUGCGGAUGAAGUUGCGCUGAUGAAGCAGGAGGGUGAAGAGAGGGUCAAGGUCCUGGAGAGCUCGCACCAGGAGCAAGAGAACGGGCAUGCAGAGGAGGUCUCGCGGCUGACGAAGGAGGGCGAGGAUCGUGUCAACACGCUGCAGACGUCGUACGACGAGAAGAUCAAGGAACUCGAUCAAACUCACGCCGACCUUCGCGCAGAGCACGAGCGCGAAGCGGCAGCACUUCGAGCAGACGUCGAAGCAGCAAUAAAGGACGCAGAGACAGCGCAGACAGAGCUCUCAACCCUACAAAACAAGCUACAAGACCUCGAAAUAACCACGCAGGCCCUCGAGCAAAGCCUCAGGUCAGCCGAACAUACCGCCCAAACCGCCCAAGCCGCCCAACAGGACCUCACCACGCAACUCGACUCCACCAAGCAAGAACUCUCCACCUCCCAAGCAGCCCUCCAGACUCUGCAAACCGAGCAUGACGCCCAUCUCUCCUCAACCUCCACCCAACGCUCCGAGCUCGAGGCCGCCGCUAAACGCAACGAAACCCUCGCAUCCGAACUCGCAGAAGCGCAGGCGAAACUUGCUUCCCAGAGCGAAGCGAAAGAAGGCUUAGAGAUGCGGUAUAAUGAAAGUGUCUCGAAGAAGUCGUCACUGCACGAGGCGUUUGAGGCGUUGAAGAUGGAGUUGAGGGAGAGCUAUGAGCGGUAUCAGAAAGUGCAGAAAGAGCGGGACGCGGAUAAAGAGGAGAUGAAGAAGCUGAGAAAGGAGAGGGACGAUGCAGUCCGAAGGGCGGAGACGAGAAGUCCUGGUUUCGACGAGAAGAGGCCGGAUGUCGGGGUCGAGGAGAUCAAGGCUGGGACGGCGGUUGGGGUGGGAGCUUGA